AUGAAUAAAGAUUGGGUUCAUUGGCCAAGGGAUGAUCUUCCAUAUCAGGAGGCCUUGAAGAAUUUCAUAGAUACCGUUUGUCAGAGACUUGGAAAUCCUUCUGAAUUCAGUUGUCCUUGUGUUGAUUGUAAGAAUCUCACUUUCCCACUUUCUCCGAAAGAAGUGCAUCUUCACUUGCUGAAACGAGGUUGGGAUCCUACAUACACUGAGUGGGUUUUUCACGGGGAGACUAUACACACUUCUACUGAUGUACACCAAGAGGGAGCAACAAGGGGAUCAUAUCAUAUAGAUGCUGCUGUUGAAGCUGAUGCACAUAUCGAUCAGGGACAUGAACCUGUGCAAGAUGAGGGUUUGGAAAACCAUGUGGAAGAGGCGGACACACCGUUAUAUCUUAAUUGUAAAACACACACAAAGUUAUCCAUCACUGUUGAAUUGUAUAGGCACAAGACUGUAAAUGGUUUAUCUAGGAAAUCUUUUGACGAACUUCUCAAGACAAUCGGUUCCUUGUUGCCGCCAGAUCAUUCUCUUCCUUGCUCAACAUAUGAAGUGAAAAAGCUGUUGAAAUCUUAUCAAUUGACUUACCAGAAAAUACAUGCUUGUAUUAAUGAUUGUUGUUUGUUUAGAAAAGAUUUGAAAGAUGCAGACGAGUGUCCUAAAUGUCAGUAUUCUAGGUGGAAGGCAGAUACAUCUAACAUGGACGAUGCUGAAAUGAUAGACAAGCCGCAAAAGAAGAUACCGGUGAAGGUGCUUAGGUACUUCCCCAUUGUGCCGAGAUUGAGAAGAUUGUUUCAAUCAGCAGCACUGGAUGAGCAGUUGAUAUGGCACGCGACGAACAAGAGUAAGGAUGGGAAGAUGCGUCAUCCAACAGAUUCUUUGGCUUGGAAGCACAUAGACAAAAAGUAUCCGAGUUUGCUUCAGAUCCCCGUAAUUUGCGUCUUGGGCUUGCUGCUGAUGGAUUUAAUCCAUUUGGUGAUCUUCCGCAGCCCACAGUUGUUGUCCAGUGAUGCUCGUGGUUAA